UUUAUUAUUGGAUGCCCAUACCUACAAAUCCAAUCAUCCUACUCCCACACUAUCUUAUUCAUUAUUACUGAGUAGUAGUUAUUUAUAAAAAUAUAUAGAGUUUUUUCAAAUAGAAAAUGAAAGGAGAAUAUGUACAACUAGAAGAAAAGAAAGAUCAUUCUAGUAAUAGUAGUAGAAACAGUAUGUUUGGUAAACUUCAUCAUCCUCAAAACUUUCAGCAAAAUCCUUCUCACCACCAUUUUCACCACCCUUCUUUUCAAAUCUCUCGUGAAUGCCAAAAUUCUGAAGAAGCCGACAGUACUACGGCGGAUAAAAACGACGCUUUAACCCCACAGCCUGUUUCCGCCGUAGCUCCUCCGCCUCCUCCGCCACCACCGCCUUCCUCCGACGGUGCUACCAUCGAAGUUGUCCGCCGUCCACGUGGCCGUCCUCCCGGUUCCAAGAACAGACCUAAACCCCCGGUCAUCAUUACACGUGAUGCUGAACCCUCUAUGAGCCCUUAUAUUCUGGAAAUUCCAAUCGGUGUUGACAUAAUCAACUCUAUCACAAAAUUUUGCAGAAAACGGAAUAUGGGUCUCUGUGUUCUCAACGGUUCAGGUACUAUUACAAAUGUUACUCUAAGGCAGCCUUCAACAACGCCAGUUUCAACUGUAACUUUUCAUGGUAGAUUUGAUAUACUCUCAAUUUCAGCAACAAUUGUUCAACCAAAUGCAAGUGUUCCAUCAAAUAACAAUGGAAUAGCAAAUGGGUUUACGAUUUCAUUGGCGGGUCCACAAGGUCAAGUGGUGGGUGGGGGUGUAGUUGGGCCACUUUUAACAGCAGGAACUGUGUACUUAGUUGCUGCAACUUUUAACAGCCCAACUUUUCAUAAGUUGCCUGUUGAGGAGGAAUUAGCUAGGAAUUCUGGUGGUGGUGGUGGAAAUGAGGGUAGUGGCCAUCAAUCGCCACCGCAGCCGGCGGUUUCCGUAGGAGGCGGAGACAGUGGACAUCCACCGCAAACGACGGCGCCGGAAUCUUGUGGGAUGUCUAUGUAUAGUUGUCAUUUGCCGUCGGAUGUGAUUUGGGCACCUACGGCUAGACAACCACCACCUCCUCCACCACCUUAUUGAAGAUACGUUUUGUUCAUGUUCUUGGAAUGUGUGGUAUCUUUUGUAUUUGUUUCACUAACGCUACUUUUGAUUUUGGAUUUUCUUGUUUUUGGCUUUGUUUAGUUUAUUUAGUUGACUUUAGAUUUUGUACUUUUAUGUUAGUUAAAAAUGUACUGGCUUAGCACUUUUUUGUUGUUUAUUUGUAGGUGAAAAGAAAAUGUUUUGCUACUAGUUAUCUUGUUGACAUUAGCAAUGAACUUUUGCACUGAUAUUUCAUGUUUUAUUGAUUUCUUUUA